AUGGAAGAUUCCUCUGAGCAUGCUGUCGUGGUAAAAUUCCGUUCUACGGGGAAGGACUUUGACUACAACUUUGAUCCGGCGCAAUUAACAGUGCGACAAUUGAAAGAAAAACUGACCACACAGACUAGCAUACCUGCCGAUAGCAUGCGUCUAGUGUACUCGGGUAGAGUGUUAAAAGACGAAGACACAGUCGAGUUAUACGCGAAUCCAUUUGGAGCAAAUCCAUUCGGACUUGGGUCUGGACUUGAUCCAGACAUUAUGAGGAGUGUAAUGAAUUCACCUAUGCUCAGGCAUUUGUUAUCGAACCCAGAGAUUGUCAGAUCGAUGGUGAUGCAAAAUCCGACUAUGCGACAGAUGAUCGAACGUAAUCCCGAGAUUGGACAUAUAAUUAAUGACCCGUCAUUCAUUCGACAGACGAUGGACAUGGCAAGAAAUCCAGAACUUAUGAGGGAAAUGAUGCGUAACAAUGAUCGCGCAUUAGCCAACUUGGAAACUAUUCCGGGUGGAUUUAAUCAUUUGCGACGGAUGUAUCAUACGCUGCAAGAACCCCUGGAUUCCGCAGGAAGAAAUAACGAUCAGUUAUCAGAGAUUGCUAACCAGCGACUUGCCCAGCUCCUCAACGUGGAAAGCCCACCUGAGGGACAGAUCAAUAGCACUCCUCUGCCCAAUCCGUGGGCCCCGCGCAACAACAACCUGCAAACACAAGUUGGAAACCCAUUUGCAAAUAUAUUGCCCCUCGGUGUCAUACCACUAUCUAAUCAAACGCCUUUCCUAACACCAAAUUCGUCACGUAACCAGUCACCUCAUUCAUCAAUACGAUCAUCUGCGUCGUCACCAUCUACGUCAUCUUCACAGUCGACUAAUAACACAACAGGGCCGGGACAGUCAUCCAAUAACCCUCCAUUCCCAAUACCUGGCAUGCCACUGCCAGCAGACCCAGAUUUUAUCCGGCGUCUACAACAAACUGCAGAGAGGAUAUUUUCACAUCAAUAUGCAUCCUCACAACAGUCCCAACGGCCUAGUUCAUAUUCAACAUCGAUGUUUAAUCCCAACCCUUUGUUAAUGACUAUGCAGUCACCGUUCGGAAACGCGUCACCUCCGCCUCCACAACAGAAUAUUGAUCCACCGCAAACUCGUUUCCGUGAUCAACUUCAAAGAUUAGAAGAAAUGGGAUUUCAUGAUCAAGCACUUAAUAUCAGAGCUUUAUUUGCUGCUGGAGGUGACGUAACGUCAGCUAUUGAUUGGCUACUGCAGAACCUCAACUGA